AUGGAAAAUAUCUUCUGUAAUGAAAAAGAAUUUCAUGUAGGGGAUCGAAUCUUCACCUGCAAUUUUAAUGCCCAUAAUAACAAAGAAAAUGAACAAGAUAGUGACCAUUUUAUGAAUGAAAAGAAUAAAAAAAAUAAUGAAUGUACAAUUGAAAAUUCAGAAAAACUAUACGAUUCAGAUGAAGAAGUGGUUGAUAAAAACUUGAAAAUCUAUUUAUUUAAUGAAGAUAUAGAAAUAAAAAUUGGAACGAUUAGAUAUAUUGGAACGUUGAAAAAUCAUCCUUCUGAAAAUAAAAUAUUUUAUGGUAUUGAAUGGGACAAUGAAAUUAGUGGGAAAAAUUUGGGGAAAUUUAAAGAAGACAUUUAUUUUUAUCCUAUUCAAUAUCUUAAAAGGGAAUACACAAAGAUGUAUUAUAUGAAAAUAAAGGGGGGAUUGAUGAAAAAUGGAAAAAUGGAAAAUAAUAUAAAUGACAACAUCGAAUGUGAUGAUAACACCAAAAGUGAUGAUAAAAUCAAACGUGAUGAUAAAAUCAAACGUGAUGAUAAAAUCAAAAAUGAUGAUAAAAUCAAAAAUGAUGAUAAAAUCAAAAAUGAUGAUAACAUCAUAUGUGAUGAUAACAUCAUAUGUGAUGAUAACAUCAUAUGUGAUGAUAACAUCAUAUGUAAUGAUAACAUCAUAUGUGAUAUUAACCCUUUUAAUAACUUUCAUCACAUACAUAAUGAUGAAAAAACAAAACAUAUUUUUGAAGAAUUCUUAAAUGCUAAUCUAAAUAUUAAACCUUGCUCCUUCUUAACAUUCGAAAAAAUACACGUUGGUAUUACCUUUAUACAAGCUCUACAUUUCCGUUAUAAUUAUUUUCCAGAUUUAGAUUUAUCCAUCGAAGAUUAUCAAACUAAGAAAAUAAAAAAAGUAAUUUUUUCAGGAGAAAUGAAAGUUCGAAAUUAUUUCAAAAAUUUUUAUGCUUUAAAAAAUAUAACAUUAAAUAAAUGUUUAAUAUAUACCAGCGGUAUUACCAAUAAUAUUAUUUUUAAUAAUUUACAGAGUUUAUCUCUAUGUGGAAAUCUUCUUAGUAACUGGUUAGAGAUUUUUAAAAUUAUAAAACUAGCUAAUAAAUUAUCUUACCUGAACGUGUCAGAUAAUAAAUUAUCUCCCAUCUCUUUGCAUUGUGUUCUUUUAAAAAAUUUAGAAUGUGGAUGUAAUGAAAUAAAAAAUAAAUGUGAUACGAACAUUACACAUGAUAACCAUACAAAUAAAUAUGAUUAUAUUAAUAAUAAUGGAAAGGAACAUUGUACAAUAUCAGAAUUAAUUCAUUUUGAACAAAUAAAAGAAUUAUGUAUUGAUAACACUCUUAUUAGUUGGGAUGAUGUUUUAAUUUUAUCUUUCAUUUUUCCAAAUGUUGAAAUAUUAAGUUUGAAAAAAAAUUAUAUAAACAAUAUUAAUAUAAAAAAUUUAAAGCUUUCAAAAAAUUCAAUUAUAUACAAAUACUUAACAAACACAACCUAUAGGAAUUUUUAUGGACUAGAUAAUAUAAUAAAUGACAACGCAUGUUAUAGCCUAACUAAUAUAAAUGACAAUAAUGAUGACAAUAAUGAUGACAAUAAUGAUGACAAUAAUGAUGACAAAAAUGAAGAUAAUAAUAAUAAUAAUAUAUGGUCUUUUAAAGAACAAAAUAUACAUAAUAUACCAAAUUGCAAUUCAAAUGUUUUUAUUCAUAAUGGAAAUAAACAUGAAUGUGUAAAUUAUACACAUAAUAAUGAUCAUAAUUAUCUUAAUUCUCAACCACGUGAUGACUGUUCAUGUAAAAAUAUGAACAAGUCAGGUGAAAGUGAGAUUGCAAAAAAUGAGAUAUUAUUUCCUUAUAAGUUUGUAAUAUUUUCUAAAUUACGAAAAAUAGUACUUAAUGAUAAUUAUUUGUAUGAUUAUGAAGAUUUAUUUAAUUUUGUUUAUCACAUAAAUUCUAUACAAUCUAUAUUUUUAAAUAAUAAUAAAUUCAGUGAUAACCAAAAUUUAAUAGAUAUCGUAUAUAAUAUAUGUAUGGAAGAUUUGAAGUACAAAAUGAGUGAACAGAUGGAAACUCUUGACAAAUUUGAAAUAAUAAAUCAGAAAUUUAAUCAUUUAAAAGAAUUUUUAUUUGAUAAUAAUGAAGUAAAAAAUUAUGAAACCUUGAGAGAUUUAUUUUAUAUAUUUUAUGAUAUUGAAAUAUUGAAAAUACAAAAUAAGCAAAAGCAUAUGAAAGAAAGAAAAAAUCUCCGAUAUAUAUUUAUAUCCAUAAUGCCUAAGCUUAAAAUAUUAAAUCAUAGUUCAAUAAAUAAAAACGAGAGAAUAAAUUCCGAGAGGUUUUUUAUAUCUUUAUAUCAGAAGGAUAAUGUUACAAAGGUGUUUAAUCAAGAGGUCUUAAAUAAGAGGCACAGUACGAGGUUGGAGAAGAUACACUAUGAGGCUACCAAGGAUCACGAACAUGUGGAAAAAGCCAAAUGUAUAAAAACAAACCUUAUCAACAUAACAAUCAUUCCAGAAUUUUUAAACUCAGAAAAAUUUGACAUUGUUAAGAAAAAGGUUAGUAAAUAUAUGUACGUAAAAGAUUUGAAAUAUUUAUGUUCAAGAUUAUAUUCCAUACCUUUGCCAAAAAUGCGAUUAUUUUACACCGAUGAGAAUAAUCCUCUUUGCUUAGAAAUUCUAGAUACCAAUGCAACUUUGUACACAUACGGAAUUGACAACAAUUCAAAAAUAAAAAUAAAAAUGGAAGAAUAA